AUGGCAGAAGUAAGGGGGGGGGGGUCCCCCUCGUGGCUUCUUAAUCUUACCGUCUAUGUAAAUCUUCCUCUCUCUUAUCUCUUUUUCCUUUUCCCUCCUAUCUUACUUCUACCCCCUCCCUCCUAUCUUACUUCUACCCCCUCCCUCCUAUCUUACUUCUACCCCCUCCCUCCUAUCUUACUUCUACCCCCUCCCUCCUAUCUUACUGCUACCCCCUCCUUCCUAUCUUACUUCUACCCCCUCCCUCCUAUCUUACUUCUACCCCCUCCUUCCUAUCCUCUACCCCCUCCUAUCUUACUGCUACCCCCUCCCUCCUAUCUUACUUCUACCCCCUCCCUCCUAUCUUACUUCUACCCCCUCCCUCCUAUCUUACUUCUACCCCCUCCCUCCUAUCUUACUUCUACCCCCUCCCUCCUAUCUUUCUUCUACCCCCUCCCUCCUAUCUUACUUCUACCCCCUCCCUCCUAUCUUACUUCUACCCCCUCCCUCCUAUCUUACUUCUACCCCCUACCUCCUAUCUUACUUCUACCCCCUCCCUCCUAUCUUACUUCUACCCCCUCCCUCCUAUCUUACUUCUACCCCCUCCCUCCUAUCUUACUUCUACCCCCUCCCUCCUAUCUUACUUCUACCCCCUCCCUCCUAUCUUACUUCUACUCCCUCCCUCCUAUCUUACCUCUACCCCCUCCCUCCUAUCUUACUUCUACCCCCUCCCUCCUAUCUUACUUCUACCCCCUCCCUCCUAUCUUACUUCUACCCCCUCCCUCCUAUCUUAUCUCUCUUUCUCGCCCUCCCAUCCCCCAUCUCCUCUUAUAUUUUUAUACAGCAAUUAAGAUUGAAUAA